GUCAGCAAACAAGCACCGGCCAAUGGUAGCAGCUAGCUUGUCCUCUCCCCAAGACCCUAGUCACAACACAACUCUCGAUCACGUGUUGCGAAAACGAAACGAAGUCGGGAACAUGCUUGGAGAUGCCAUCAGCACCUCAGUACCCCUAUAAAACCAUGACAUAACCAGAACAAACCGCUCAGACAAAGCCAUCAGAUCGCAGUUAGCUCAGGAACAGCGCUCUGCUGGUGAUCUGGUUGCCUGAGAUGUGGAGUGCAGGAUGCAUGGAGCAGUGGAUGCCGACGGCGGCAAUGGUGGCCACCAACGUUGUGAUCGCCAUCAUGACCGCGCUGAUCAAGCAGGCACUCAACCAGGGCAUGAACAGGCUGGUCCUCAUCACUUUCCGGCAAAUGGUGGCUACGGUGUUCCUUGGCCCCAUUGCCUACUUCAAGGAAAGGAAGAUGAGGCCAAAGUUCACAACUGAAAUCUUUAUGUACAUGUUCCUAAGUGGUAUUCUUGGUCCUGUGCUGCUUCAGUACACAUUGUUCGUCGGAUUGGAUUACACAACAGCAACAUUUGCUGCAACUUUCUCCAAUAUGCUUCCAGUGGUUACUUUCCUGAUAUCACUCGCUUUCAGGUUUGAAGCCCUAGAGGUGAGGAGCAUGUCAGGGAGUGCCAAGAUCUCAGGGACACUCAUCUCCCUGGGUGGCGCAAUGAUGCUCACUUUCUACAAGGGUUCGGCACUGACCCACACCUCACCAUCCAUCAUCAGUCCGGCGGCCUCCGGCAGUGACCAUGGGCAAGCCGGAGGAGCGCACGGCGGCACCGUCCGGUGGGUGCUGGGCUCCGUCUCCAUGCUCGCCAACGUCGUCGGCUUCGCACUGUGGCUGCUCCUGCAGAGGAAGUUCACCAGCAAGUACCCGGCCGUGUACUCGGCGACGGCGUUCAUGUCGCUCUUCAGCUUCGUCCAGGCAGGGGCGCUGACCCUGUCGAUAGAGAGGAGCAGUAUUGCAGUGUGGGCUCUCAAGGGGACUAUAGAGAUCGUCACGGUCGUCUACUGUGGUGUAGUGGCGUCUGGCAUGGGGUACCUGCUGCUCACGUAUUGUGUGGAGAAGAGAGGCCCUGUGUUCACGGCUGCCUUCAGCCCUCUGUCCCAGAUCUUCGUCGCCGGUAUCGAUCUCUUCAUCCUGCACGAGCCGCUCUACCUCGGAAGCGUGCUAGGGUCAGUGCUGGUGAUUCUUGGACUCUACAUGGUUCUCUGGGGAAAGAAAGAGGAAGCUGCCAAGGCUGUCGCUUCGGCGAAGCCGGUUCAGGCAGAGGUUGAACAGCAAGAGAAAGUGUGAUUUUUUUUUUUUGGGGGGGGGGGGGGGGGGGUGGCUGCAUCUGAAGAUGUACUGCAAGUCAUAGUAUCAUAGUAUGCCUGAGAGUAGUAACUUGAAGCUUGUGAUAGCUAGUGCAUAUGAUCUCCAGGCUCUCGCUGCUGUAUAUCAAUCUAUACAUAUAUUGACCAUUGGAAGAAAUGAUAUGAUGAA